AUCUAUGCAGCUGGACUUUCAAGAGUGUCCCACCACACCCACAGAGAAACUGAAACUCCUGAAGGUGAUAAAAAGGCAGCAAGCAGUCAGCGCUGCAAACACUGCCAGCCGGAAGGAUGUCGUCCACAUUCAGACCAAGACCUGGAGACCUAAUCGAAAUUCAACGCUCUGUCUACGCUCACUGGGCUAUCUAUGUGGGAGAAGGCUAUGUGGUUCAUGUGGCUCCCCCAAGUGAAUUGGCAGGAGCUGGUCUUUCCAGCAUCAUGUCUGCCCUGACUGAGAGAGCCAUAGUGAAAAAGGAGCUGCUGUCCGAAGUGGCCGGGACAGAUCACUACGAGGUCAAUAACAAAUAUGAUGACAGAUACCUACCAUUGCCUAUCACCAAAGUCGUCAAACAUGCCCUGGAGCUGGUGGGGAAGGAGAUACCAUAUUCACUGACCAGCAAGAACUGCGAACACUUUGUGACUGAGCUGCGCUACGGAAUUCCUCUCUGUGAACAGGUGUGUGCUCAGCCUUCCUAAGUAGCAGGUCAUCUC